AUGGACGGCACGAUUCGGGGUCGACUCAAAUUCUCCAAGACAUCCUGCUAUCUUUGCAACGAGUGGCUUGAUGAUAAAGAUGUGGAGGAACAUCUACACCAUUGCCGUGACGAAAGAACAGUGUGCCCGAAUGAAUGUGGAGCCGUAGUGAUGCGCAAGGAUUUACAUUUACACAGAAAUAGUUGCCCAGAAGGCUUCGGAGAGUCAUCAGAGAUCGAUGGCACGGAAAAUGCUGUGCAGCGUAACAGCAUGGCGGUACCUUCAGCAGGUGUUCUCGAAACCAUCGGUUUCCUUCAGAAGGAUAUGGACCUGGUCAAGGAAGUCCUCACGACGCAAACGCAUCAACGUGCACAUGUGCAGGAUGGUCUGACUAAUAUGCAAAAACUUCACGAUCUUUCUCAGCAGUGGACAAAGAAAGUAUACGAUUUGCUCAUUACGUUAAACAAGCUCUGCAAUCAAGAAACAAACCAUCGUGUAUUGGAUGUAUCCAUUCUCAAUCAAAGAGUAAAGUACUUGGAGUUAUGGAACGUCGAAAUCACAAAACGAUUUGACACGAUCACGGCCACGAUGCCUCUUGCUGUUCAAGCAAAAGAGACGGACCCUGCCAACAAAACAGCAUCCAGCGACGAGAAGAAGGUUGCCGACGCUAAAAAGGAUAGCUUCAAAGAUGUUGAAGCGAACACUACACCUGGUGGGGAGCAAGAAGGAUCCACCAAGCCACACGAUUUAGAACCAUUAUACGAAGCCCUCAAUGGCCUCAAAGACAGCCACUCCAAGGUAAUCUUUGAGAUUAAGGACACCCAGGCUCGAUUAUUUGAACACGAAGAGCGGGUGCAGAAACUGCAACAGCAACUGCAGAAGUACCGCCGGGAGAAUUUGCACACUAAACAGAAGUUGGACGAGCUUCAUCUGAACCUGCGCAUGGAGCGCCAGAUGUUUGGUCUCAGCGGUGAUAACGGACGUGUAAUUUGGCGUAUCGAAAAUUUCGCAGAACGCUUCAAAGAAUCGCAAAACCACGAAGCCCUGCUCAAGGGUCCAAUGUUCACCGAUCAACCGUACGGGUAUCUUCUGCAGGUCGAAGUUAGCUUGUACGGUAUUGGAACAUGGCGUGGACGUAAUUUAAUCGCCGGUUUGACGGUACUACCAGGUCCGUUUGAUCAUCUGUUGAAGUGGCCUUGCAUGCUCACCGGUAAAAUAGUGUUGCGCGAUCAACCACUCGAACGUUCGGUAGUGAACGACUUCAGCAAGCCUAUCGUGGCUAGAAAACGGGGCCAGCAAGAAGCGAAGCAUCAGUACGUGUACAUACCGCACGAGGUUCUGCAUUCGCAAAACUUCAUUCGUGACGAUGUACUAUUCCUGGAGGUACAAAUUUCCGCUGAGGAUGUACCAGCAAGCGCGCACGAGUAG